CCGGAAGUUAAUGGUGGAUGAAUGAAAACAAAAGUAAAACACACACUAAAUCAGAGUUCAAGGUUGCAUAUUUAAGAUUCAAUUGCAUUACAGACCAGACUGAUACAGAAUGCCACGAGCAAAAAAUGUUGUUGCAGCAGCUAAAAAGCCACGAAAACCAAAAGGCCAUGUGUUAGCAGAGAAGUUUCCAAAUGGAGAGAUAUUACGUGAUCUGUGUAAAAAAGAGUGGCGUCUUGGAGAUGUUAUUGGCCAGGGCGGAUUUGGUCUUAUUUAUAUGGCUGCUGAAAAAGAAUCAGGAAAAGUUGGACAGGAUGCUGGAUAUGUAGUCAAAAUAGAGCCGAUGGGCAAUGGUCCCCUGUUCUGUGAACUUCACUUCUACCAGAGAGUUGCAAAACCAGACUUAAUUGAGAGUUGGGUCAAGUCACACAAGGUGAAGUACCUGGGUAUCCCGAAGUUCAUCGCCAGUGGCCAACACGUGUACAAGGGUACCAACUAUCGCUUCAUGGUGAUGCAGAGAUUCAGUACCGACCUUCAGAUGAUCUUUGAAGCCUCUGGGAAGCAUUUCAGUCGACAAACCGUGUGUGCUCUUGCUCUAAGGCUGAUAGAUGCAAUGCAGUUUCUACAUGAGAACAAUUAUGUACAUGCUGACAUGAAAGCAGCCAACUGUCUCCUCGGGUACAAGGCCGGUAAAGUGGAGGCGGAUGUGGUGUACCUUGUGGAUUAUGGAUUAGCAUACAAGUACGCCCCUGAUGGCAACCACAAGGCAUACAAAGAGGACCCAAAGAAAGCACACGACGGUACCAUAGAGUUCACAUCCCGAGACGCACACAAGGGUGUCGACCCAUCUCGGCGGGCAGACAUGGAGAUUCUGGGCUAUUGUCUUCUACAGUGGUUGUGUGGACGACUUCCAUGGGAAGAUAAACUCUCUGACUGUAACUACGUAUCUGACUCAAAACACAAAUACAUGAAUGACAUUCAAGGGUUAAUGAAGAAGUGUUUUCCACAAGGGAGUAUACCAGAUGAGAUAAAAACCUACUUCAAUAUGGUAAAGAAUCUCAGCUAUGAUGAGCAGCCUAACUACACUAAGAUGAGGGAAGUGUUCACCAAGGGUCUGUCUAGUAUUGGGGUGAAGGACGUUUGGAAACUGGCCCUUCCCAUUGCCGGGGCAAGAACCGCCACCCCUCUUGCCUCUCCUAAGAAAGGUGUAAAACGAAAGCAAGCAGAUGCUGAUGUGAAGGUGAAAUCCAGGGCUGCAUCCCCCCGUCCUUCCACUCCGAAAAAGACUAAACCCAUGACCCCUAAACCCGGGUCAGCAGCAACCAAACCCAUGAGCCCUAAACCCGCAGCAAGAAAACCAGCAGCAGCAAAGGGCAAACCAUCUCCUGCCAAGGCCACAGCUGGUAGAGCGACGCCAACUGGUGCAGCCAAGAAAAUGGCAGCAAAAAAGUUGACACCUACUGCUGCUGCUGCUAUAGCAAGGGCAGCUGGUGCUAAAGCUGCUCAAGGGUCCAUAGGGUCACCAUUACAGGCCAGGUCAAGAGUGCAAUCUCCAAAAGGACAACAAUCUCCGCGGGCAUUAAAAACUUCUGCCGCCGCCAAAAGAGCAAAGUCCCCAGCAGCCGGAUCUCCAGUUCCAAAGAAGAGAAAGGUGACUCGGAAGAAGAAGGUUGUGAUGAACGAAAUGGCCAUACAGACAUCACCUGGCCUCAAGAAAAACAGAUGACUGAUAUCCUCAGACUGCUCUUUGUUUUAACUGAACAAACAUUCAUGAGAUAAAUUUGACCAAGAAAAUAACUUAUAUUUUAGUUAGCUACGAUAUGUAACUUUACAAGACCAUAAGGCCUGACCAAAUCAAUCAUAUGUUUAGCAUCUGUGUAGACCCUUUUUUAAAACCUACUUACAUGACAGAAAAAAAAAAUGCCCAGGAAGAAAGCCCAUUUUAUUUUCUUGGCAACAAAUGCAUCUAUACACCAAUGUUCAUGAUAGCAGAAAUUAUAAAGCUGGACUCUCACAGAUUGACAGUUUUGACAUUUAAUUUUUUUUACAUAUCUCGGAAGAAUAAUCUGAAUUUGGCAUGAUGCCUUUUGCACCCCCCUUAACCACCGGCGACAAAGUGACGGCAACCUUUUAGAACCCAGAGGGAACCUAGCCAUCGUCUCCUACGAUUCAGUCAUAUAAGAUACUCACAAUCAAACAAAUUGUUCUAAAAAGGCCAAACACUUCAAUUUUCUUAAAAUGAUAGUAAUGCUUGUAGCCACAAAACAUACAUUUUCGACCAUAAAUAUGAAGAACUGCGUUAUAUCAAUAGUCAGCCUUCAUAUAGCACUGGUUUCUAGACAUAUACACAAACAUUUGCUCAUUCAUAAACAAAAAAUUUAAAAGUUGUAAAAAUGGUAAAUUUGUGAGAGUGCAGCUUUUAAUGACUAACAUUAAUGUUUUUUCUUUCUUGUUAUUUUCAUAAGAUUAAAACCUACCCAUUUGGAAUAAGAUUAAAACCUACCAACCCAAUGACACUAAACAUAUGAUUAAUUUAAUGCGGUCUAACUGUAAAGCUGAUUCAUUCUGUGGAUUUAUAAGUGAAAGUGAAACAGCAUCAUCAUUCAUUUCCAUUUACUUUAGAUAGCAUACUUGACAUACGAUUGUAUGGUACGAUUGAUAUACACAUUUUCUUAUAAUUUAGUCAUUAACAUAGUUUUAACAAGAAUUUAACUAUUUAAAGAGAGGACAUCAUUUUGUAAAGACUUUCUCAGUAUAAUUGCUGUAAGGAUUUAGAAAUAUUAGGCAGUUGCAUGGAUCCAAUCAAAUAUUCAUUUGGUUGUAAUCAAAUAAAAUCAGCAUGAUAUGUGCAUUUAAUAAAUAUUAGUUUGUUUUAUUAUGCUGUUUUACUUGUAUGUAAAUGCUUGUUUUUUUAACUAAACCGAAUAAAACAAGUGAAUUGA